UUCCGAUCUCCGCCACUCGGCGCUGUGCGCCCCAGGUAAUCAACAUUGCAUUCUGCUAUGUCUUCCUUUCAAGUGUAGAUCUUCGUAUCGCACGUGGCUUCACUACCUUUUGAUAAUAAAAGACAUUAAAACAAAAAAAUUAAAAAUGCCAUUGGCCGUCGAUUACCUACACCCCGCUCCAGCUGAGGAGAAGAGGAAGCACAAGCUUAAACGUUUGGUGCAAAAACCAAACAGUUACUUCAUGGAUGUGAAGUGUCCCGGUUGCUAUGCGAUCAAGACGAUCUUCAGUCACGCUCAAAGGCCCGUAGAGUGCGACGGAUGCCGCACUAUUUUGUGCACACCCACUGGUGGAAAAGCACGUUUGACUGAAGGAUGCUCCUUCAGAAGAAAAAUCCAAUGUUAAGUUAUUUUUUUAGAAUAAACACAAAUUUUUAACACAA